GUGAGUCGGCGGAGUUGGAUGUGUGUGGAGUGAAAGUGUUUGUCUGCGAACUGAACUUUUUUAGAUUAAAGAUGUCUUGGUGUUCUUCUAAGAGGAUGAGAGAUCGCACGAUUGCAGACGAUGAUGAAGGUCACGACCCAGAGGAGGAAGACACUGAUGCUGAGACACACCCAGAAGCACAACACACAGGAGGAGACACUGCAUGGAGCUGGUGUUACAGAGUGACUGCAGUGUGUGCGGUGCUGCUGUGUGUUCUCCUACUGGCUGCCGUCACAGUGCUGUGGAUCAAAUUCAACAUCCUAAAUACAGAAUACAGUCAGUUACAUAUCAAUAACCUCAACCUGACUAUAGAGAGAUGCCAGUUACAGACCAGUUACAACAACCUGACUAUAGGGAGAAACCAAUUACAGACCAGUUACAACAAACUGACUAUAAAGAGAAACCAGUUACAGACCAGUUACAACAAACUGACUAGAGAGAGAGACCAGUUACAGACCAGUUACAACAAACUGACUAGAGAGAGAGACCAGUUACAGACCAGUUACAACAAACUGACUAUAGAGAGAGACCAGUUACAGACCAGUUACAUCAACCUGACUAUAGAGAAAUGCCAGUUACAGGAGGAGAGGACACUCUGUGAUUUGACCAAAGGAAAGUGUUUUAUCUUUAGCUCCAGUCUUUAUUUCAUGUCUAAUGAGAUUAAGAGCUGGACUGAGAGCAGACAGGACUGCAGGGACAAAGGAGCAGACCUGGUGAUCAUAAACAGCAGAGAGGAACAGGAGUUCAUCAGUAAACAAAAGGUGAAUGGUCAAAUUUAUGUUUGGAUUGGUCUGAGUGACAGAGAGACAGAAGGAGAGUGGAAAUGGGUGGACGGUACACCACUAAACACUGUGUUCUGGGCUUCUGGGGAACCGAAUAAUAUACAUGGUGAUGAGGACUGUGUUGUGAUUUAUAGUGAUGACAGUGGGAACUUCUGGAAUGACAACAAAUGCUCUGUGAAAUUAAACUGGAUCUGUGAGAAACAUAUUUCACAGUAAACUUUUUUUUUUACAGUGAAAAGACAUUUCUAUAUGAAUUAAGGUAAAUAUAUACAGUUAAAUAGUAUCUUUUUACCUUUAAAUAUUUUAAUGACGGUUGCGUCUCAGUGUAUGUUAUUGUUGUUUUGUUAGAGUGAACUCAGUAAUCAGUCACAUGGCUCUACAAUUUUCUGUACAGAUAUUAUAUUAUAGAUAUUACAGAUAUUAUAUCUAUACAGUAUUAAUUAUGGAUAUAAAAAUAAUAUUUUACUCAUAUGUUAAAAUAUUUUAAAUAUAUAUUAAGGAAAAUACAUUUGUUUUUCUUUUUUUUCGGAUUUAUAAUCAUCUUGUUAUUGCAUGUUUUGCUAUAAUUUCAUUUUGAUGUGGUCAACCUCAUUUGCUGGACUAAUGUAACUGCCCUCUUUAAUCACUGAUUGAGUCACCUGUGGUUCCCUCAAUCAGUCAUAUACAUAAUAACGUACAGCAAUAA